AUGGACGCCAAGCUCGAAGCCCCGUCACCUCCCUGCCUUGCUCCGGCUGCCUCUGUCUGCAUCGAGCAGCAGCAGCUCAUCGCUCAGCACCUCGGCGCCCCUACACCCAACUCGAUCCCCGUCCUCCUCGUUCCCUACCUCGCUCCGCCAACGCCCGAUCCCCUCGCCCUCCUGCUCGAUCCCCAUCUCCCCCUCUCGACCCCGCGCGCCUCCCCUCCUGCUGCCGCCUCCACCACCAGAUCAGGCCGGCCUCCGCCGCCCUUGGCCGUUCCCAGCCGGACCCCUCCAGCAGGGCCCCGUCCCCACCUCCGGCGCGCCAAGCUCGCCGCCUCCCUGCCAUGGCCGCGUGUCGCCCCUCUCCUUCGAGCGCCGCCCGGCCUCCCCGGCCUCUGCGUCGCCUUCCUUCCCUUCCUCUGGCCACCUUGUCGACCUGACAUGGACGCCAAGCUCAAAGCCCCGUCGCCUCCCUGCCUUGCUCCGGCUGCCUCUGUCUGCAUCGAGCAGCAGCAGCUCAUCGAUUAG